UAAUAAUAGUCGAGCAAUUAAAAUUUCUCCAAUUACAAAAUCAUCAUCACAAUCAUCACAAUCAUUGCCACGACCAUCAUCAUUACAAAAAGAAAUUACAGAUGAUUCUUAUUCAUCAUCAUCUUCAGCAUCUACUAUGAAACCAUCAGCAUCUACAAAAGAAUCAAGUACUGAAACACCUAAACAAUAUCUUGAAAGAUUACAAUAUACUCUUUCAAAAUCAAAAUUGGCUACCAUGUUGGCUAAAAGAUCCAAUGCAUUUCAUCAAUCAGCUCUUAAGGCUUACAUGGAAAUAUUUGAUUUUGAAAAGAAUCCAAUUGAUAUUGCAUUGAG